UAAAGCCGCUGCUUCAUUUUUCAUUUCUUUCAAAAUGAAUCAUAAUUUAAACGCCAUGGGACGUGGUAGAUCAAAAAUGAAUCAAUUCCGCAAGAAAAAUCAAAAAAUCGUAAACAUUCAAAGACCGUUAAACAAAAUACCCGGAAAAAAAACUGUCGCUCCUAGCUCAAGUACUUCUUCUGCUUUACGUUGGGGAGCCGCAUCAAGAAGUAAUAUUAAUAGCUCAACUAUAUUAAAUAGUUCUUCAAGAUCGUAUACAACGGAUUCAACAGAUUCAAAAAUUAUUUUAGCUUUAUCACACGGUCGGGGAGAUGCAACGUGUGAAGUUGGACUUGCAUUAAUAAACGUUUCCAAACCUUUAUUAAUUUUAUGCCAAAUUUCUGAUACUCCAAGUUACGUAAAUACGUUAAGAAAAAUUAAUAUAUUUAGUCCUACUGAAAUACUCGUUCCAAUGACUUUUAUGAGUAACAGUUUGGCCUCGAAUCGAUUGUUGGAUAAAAUUAAGCAAAAUUUUAAAGAUACCACCAUUACAGCAGUUUCUCGCCCUACAUUCAAUAACAUUACAGGGAUGCAAUACGUUAAACAAUUAUGCGCUAACGAGUGGAAUUCGGUUAUAUUAAUUUUACAACAAAAAUAUUAUUGUUUAGCCGCAACAGCCGCACUCUUAAAUUAUAUUGAAACAGUUCUUUUCGUUUUUUAUUCGAAGCAGUCUUUAAAAAUUGAGUAUCAGGAAUCUGAGGGGUUUGCAAUUAUUGAUGUUGCAACAGCUGAUAAUUUAGAAUUAGUUUCGAGUGCUUCAUCUAUUCAUAAUAAAAAGGCAAGUUUAUUUGGGAUCUUAAAUUAUUGUCGAACAAAAAUUGGUUCUUGCACGUUAAGAGCAAAUAUUUUACAACCUCCUUGUAUGGUUAUGGAUAUCGAAGCCCGUUUAAAUUGUAUAUCAGAAAUUUUACACGAUAGUAAUGCUUUAACUGGCAUACAACUUGCAUUAACAAACUUAAAAAACGUUGAUCAAUUAUUAACAAUUCCAACGAUUUCGUUUGAAUAUCAAGAAACGUGUUCAGAGAGACAACUUAAUUAUAUUUUAACGUUAAAUUCUAUCUUAGAAAACAUCAAUCCUUUAAAAGAUAUUAUGGCAACAUUUAGCGAACAAUUUUUUGUUGAUUUUCAUAAAACGCUUUCAAAUUCUAAUUUUGUUGUUAUACGAAAACUUAUUCAUCUUUUAAUUCAUACCGAUGCCAGACCCGGAAAGGGUAAUCAAGGAACAAUACAACGAUGCUUUGCAGUUAAACCCGGCGUAAAUGCAUUGUUGGAUAUAGUAAGAAAAUCUUACAGCGAAAGAGUUGAUGAUAUGAGAGAAUAUGUUAAAGAAUUGGCCGGAAAGUAUAAUUUACCAUUAACGUUAAGUAAUAAUUGUAAAAAGGGGUAUCAUAUUGUCUUGGCUUUAAAUCAACAAACUAAAAAGAGUUUUAAAAAAUCCGAUCUUCCCCCAGAAUUUAUUCAAGUUGAAAGAUUAGCUACUAGUGUUACAAUGAAAACUUUACGAUUACUUAAUUUUACUGUAAGAGUUGAAGAUAUUCAAAUUGAAGUGAUAAAAUUAAGCAAUGUUAUGAUUCAUCAAUUAUUCGUAGAAUUACGAGCUUACAUGGGACUUUUUUAUCAACUUUGCGAAGAAGUCGCUAAACUAGAUAUGCUACAAUCUUUAGCUCAAGCAAGCUGUAUAGCUUCAUACACGCGACCGGAAUUUAAAGAUUACACGGAUCUUGUAGAUGCAAGACACCCAUUGUUAGAUAUUUUGCGUGAAACAGAACCCACAUCUAAUUCAAUCUUCGUUUCAAAAUACAAAAACAUCCACAUUAUAACUGGCCCAAAUAGUUCGGGGAAAAGCAUUUUCAUUCGCCAAUUGCUUUUAUUACAAGUGAUGGCUCAAAUUGGAUCUUUCGUCCCCGCCACGAAAGCCGUUUUUAAACCAUGCGACAGAAUUUUAGCUAGGGUCCAAUUUGACGAUAAAAUGGAAUGUAACGCUUCCACUUUUGUUUUGGAAAUAAAGGAGAUGCAAUAUUUUCGGACCAUUCUCACCGAUAAUACGUUAAUUAUUAUCGAUGAAUUGUGCCGCUCAACAGCUGUUGGUGAAGGCACAGCUAUGGCGGUCGCUUUGUGCGAGGAUUUAGCUAAAACUCAAGCGCAUUGCUUUUUUGCUACUCAUUUUAUUUUUAUGACGAAUGUUGCCGAUGUUUAUCCAAAUGUUCAAAAUUGGCAAAUGGAAACUUUGGAAGAGAAUCAUAAAAAUAGCAUUAAAUUAAAUUAUACUUAUCGUUUAAUUCGUGGUGUUACCACAACGAAACGUUAUGGAUUAUUUGCCGCCACUAAAUCUUGGCCAAAAAUUAUUACAGAUGAUGCUAAAAGGAUAUUUGGGAAUAUUCAAGAGGCGACGAUUUCAAGUGGGACGAAGAAAAUGCAGGAAGCUUUCCGAUUAAAAUACGAUUUAGAGAUGGAAUUGAAAUUGCUAAAAUUAAGGGGGAUGUUAACUUGUACUGAGGUCAACGCAAUUUUAUCGGAGUAUCUCGAACGAUUAAAAGAGUUAGGUUAUAAUUUAGAGGAUGAUAACAACAUACAACUAACGGUUAAUUCAAAAAAUAAUUCACCUCGGAAUAUGCCAAAUCAAAACAAUUCAGGAUUAAACAUUAAUCUUGAAAGCUCAGUAAAUAUUUCUUCUAUUAAUAAUUAUUGCGAAGUCGUGUACUCUCAAACUAAUUUAAGUUCUAGUUUAUCCAAACAAAAUGUUUUUAAUUUGUCUCAAAUUGUCAACUCCCCAAAUCUUUCUAUAAUCCAAAAAGAUGAAGACCCAGAUGUUACCUUAGCCAUUCAAGAAGCACAAGAAAUGUCCUCGUAUUUUAUAGAUGGGCCAGAACAGGAUGCGUUCCAACAAAAAGAUUCUCAACAAUUUCUUAGCUUUUUAAACGAUUCUGAACCAAAACCGUUCCAUUUCUAUACCCAAAUCAAAUCAGAACAUCUCGAUAAUAAUAGUUUUGAGAAUUUUGUAAAGGAUUUGGACCCGGAUGUUUCUAUGGCUAUACAAGAAGCUCAAGAAGUUUCUCAAUGUUUUAUGGAUCCCAAUGAUGAGUGGAAUGCGAUUAGAGAAAAUGAAGUGAAUCAGGAUGUUGGAGGGAAACGCGUCUUAAUAAAAAGUGUUCAUAUUUUUGAUGCUUUUAAUAAUUUGGUUGAUAUCCAAAUUCAUCCUCCACCUAGAAAUCAAGGUUUGGAGGAAAAGAAUCGGGUGGUUAAUGAAGACCAUCAAGGAAUGUAUUGCUCAGAUAUGCAUCAACAACAUAUAUUUUGUCCUAAAACACAUCAUCAAGAAAUGCAUUGCCCCAAAACACAUCAACAAGAAAUACAUUUCCCAGAUAUACAUCAAGAAGAAAUACAUUUCCCUGAUGUACAUCAACAAGAAAUACAUUUUCCAGAUAUACAUCAACAAGAAAUACAUUUCCCAGAUAUACAUCAACAAGAUAUACAUUUCCCUGAUAUACAUCAACAAGAAAUACAUUUCCCAGAUAUACAUCAACAAGAAAUACAUUGCCCAAAAACACAACAACAAGAAAUACAUUGCCUCAAAACACAUCAACAAGAAAUGGAGUGCCCAGAUAUACAUCAACAAGAAAUACAUUUCCCAAAUGUACACCAUGAUGAAAUAUAUUGCCCCGAUAUACACCAAGACAUGCAUUGCCUCAAUAUACAUAAUCAAGAAAUACAUAGCCCAGAUCUACAUCAACAAAGUCAACUUUAUAAUAAAACCACAAACGAUAAAAAUCAAACAUUAAAUCUUUUCUCAGAAAUGAUAUCUACAAACACUCAAGAUAUGAAUACCCAAAAACACAAAAACAUUUUUGAGUCAUCUCCCAAUUCAGAUAUAUUCCAAAUAGACGACACAUCGCCAAAAAAAAUAUCCCCUAUAUUAACAUCAAAAGAUUCCUCUAAAAACUCAACAAAAACCUCAUCGAAUUCAAAAAAAUCGUUUUUCUCAACACCAUCGACUUUGCCAUGGAAACGAAAACGGGCAACCUUUAAAACUCCCUUAAAACAGCAAGGAUUGAUGACUUUCAAGCCGCCAAAACCGCUUUCGAAACAAGAAAUAUUAAAAAAUCAACGGGAGAUAAUGCAAAAAUAUAUGGAGUGUAAUAGUGAGGAAGAGGCUGUGAAAAAUAUGGAGCUACUUAUGAAUAUGCCGUCAGUGAGUCAAUUGCGUCACCAACAAUAUGUUGCGCGAGUUCAAAGGACUCAAGAUGGGAUUGUUGUGGCGGUUCCGGUGGCUUCGCCUAAGCGGAAACAGAAGCAGCCGAUUCCGUUGAAAACAAGGAUAUCGAGCGAGAAUUUUGAUAAGACUCUUUUAAGCGAUAAGAAUUCGCAAAAAUUUAUUGAUUUUUUGGAGAGUAAAAAAGAUGAUGGGUUUAUGUUUAAUUUUGGUAGCCAACCGCAGAGUUCUAAUCCUUUUGUAAGUAAAUCGGAAACGCCUGAAGGUUAUUACAAGAAUAAUAAAAGUGGAAUUAAUGAUUUAUAUUCUAAGUAUUUAUAAAUUUUCGUUUUCUAGUUUACCAUUC